AUGACGGAGAGAAGUCGAUUUGGGCUGCACAUGGGAAAUAUCACCAUAACGUUGAGCACAUUGAAGGAAGAAAAAGCCGAAAUUGUAGCGAGUAAAUUCGGUGAUCGGUCUUCGUAUGCGUGCAUUGCGGCCUCACAAGAGAGAAUCGAUGAGGCCAUAUCCAAGUUGUGUUUGUGCAAAGUCAACCAUGCGGCGUCGAGCAUAGCAUAUGAAUUGAGCAAAGGCGAUGAUGCUACCACCAAAAUUACACCAUUCGAAGUGGCUGUUCAUUUGCUGAAAAACACUUACGCCAAACAAAUGCAACAUCCCGUUAAAUUGGCCAUUAAACAAGGCGAUCACAUAGACUACAUUGAAAGUGAUCCGACGAAGGAUUUAACGGAAAUCACAGCCCAUUUGCAUGGCGAGAAAAUUCCUGUUUUUAGCAUCGAUUUACCUGGACACGGCCAAUCUGAUCACUUUCCGACUGGAAUGAAUUACCAUCUAUACUGGGACUAUAUUUCGGUUGUUCGUCGUAUUGUCAAGCGUUUUGGUUGGCAAAAACUGAAAAUGGUUGGUCAUUCGAUGGGCGCGAAUGUGUGUUUUAUGUAUGCGGCAUGCUAUGCAAAAGAGGUUGAUCAAAUAAUUUGUCUUGAUUCGUAUGGACCCAUUAUUCGAAAUCAACGCAUCAAUGCUGCUAUCACUGGAUCUUUUAUUGAUAGAACCAUAAAUCUCGACUCAACAUCCAAACAACAUCAAUGGACAUGCGAAGAAGUGAUCGAACGAAGACUCGAAGAAGGUUCAAUUGAUCGUGAAUCGGUGAAAAUUUUAUUGAAGCGCGGUUCAAAUCCAGUUUCAGCAUUUAGCGGCGAACAAAAAUACACAGUUGCAGCUGAUCCAAGGUUAAGAUACAGUGGCCUGGGACUGUUCACAUUGGAACACAUUCUCACCUAUGCCGCAUUAAUUCAAUGCCCAGUGUUGAAUAUCAGAGCAACUCCUGGCUAUAAAUUCGAUCGACCAGAAGUUUGCCAGCUCAAUGUUUUAAGGAACAACGUUGACGUUGAAUACCAUGAGGUGGCUGGAUCGCAUUAUUUACACCUGCAAACAGCCGAAAAAAUUGCCAAUCUUAUUAGCAUGUUUUUGUUAAAUGUUGACCAGUUCUGAUCGAUGCUUCGAUAUCAAUGGGAAUGGGUAAAUUGGAAUGGGGAAAAAAUUGGUUUGUAUUUUAUGUUUCCGGUCGAGUAUUCUGGACUAUUGUUCUGGUGUUUUUUUUGUCUUAGGAAUUUUCAAGUCUUUCUGGAGACUAAAGAUUAAUUCAUUUCCAUAUUUAUUAUUCAAAAUAAAGUAAUUACGCCUAUUUUCAGAAAUGAAAUAAAAUUUCAACAAUUCUGUUUCUAUGCACAUAUAUUUUUAUUAGUACUGUGGUUUUAAUCUGCAACGUUAUUAACUGGGUUGGUACGUAAGAAACUUGAUCGUGUAUCUUACAUUAAAGUUACGUAUAUCACUUCAUGUAAUUUACCUGAAAAAUCAUGUAAUUUAAUUGAUAUUGUAAGAAAACUGUAAAAAAAAACUCUGGAGAAUGAUUUUUUCAUAAAGACCUAAUGCAAAAAACAAAA